AUGUCACAAGUUUAUCAUUCAAGUAACUAUCCAUCAUUUUGGAGUGGAGCAUCUAUGAAUGAUACUCGUGAUAGUAGGUAUGAAACAAUUAAAAGUGGUGUACCUUCACAUUCCAAUGAUACAUACGAUUGUCCAACCAGUUUGCAUAACACUGUAUCAACAAUUUACACUAAUCCUUAUUAUUUAUGGUCCAGUACAACAAGUCCGCCAGGUCAUCCAUUUAACAAUGGGCAAAGCCAACAUCAACAGCAAACAUUCUGGUUUGAAAAUCUUCAUGAAACAAAUUAUGCACAAAUUUCACCAAAAGAUUCAUUCAUGAAAAAUGAUACUUCCCCAACCAAAUGUUAUUCUUUGAUAUUAUAUUCUCAAGAGAAGAGAAACCAACCGAUUCCUGAAAUUCAAACUGAAGAGUCGAAAUCUCAUAGAAACCAAUUUUCUAGUUUACUUCAAAAUACUAUUGAUAAUACUGAAAUCAAUACACAUAAUACAAUUGAAGGUAAUCUGCUAACAGCAAGUACAAAAAAGUCAUCGGCUUUAUUGGCUUAUCUGAAUUUGGAUAAAGUUAAAUUACCUGAGAGCUUAGGAGACCCACAAACAGUAUGGUUAGAUAUUGCUUCACCUUUUUUUGCAUUUUUCUGUUUCACAAAAAAUUCAGAUCACAGUCAACUGCAAUCUCGCUUGAAUCAAUUUUCAAGUACCGUGAAAUCCAGUGCUAAAUCAACUAUCGAUUCAUCCUGUGGAUCAUUUAAACCACCAAAUAACCAUUUCAAAAAUUCAUACAAAACUGAUUAUGAUUCAAAGCACAAUCAAAAUUAUAACAAUAGUAAUAAUGAUACUACAGGCAAUCCAUUGAAGUCAGCUACUCCAGAUGAACUUCAGACUCAGAGAUUUUUGGCCAAUGUACGUGAAAGACAACGUACACAGUCUCUAAAUCAAGCCUUUGCUGAAUUACGUCGAAUUAUUCCAACAUUACCAUCUGAUAAACUUAGUAAAAUACAAACACUGAAAUUGGCUACUCGAUAUAUUGACUUUCUAUCACAAGUACUGCAAGCAUCAUCAACGUCAUCAUCUGCUAAUAGCCAACCCAAUGAUUUCACUGAAGACUUGUCUACAGAAGUCUAUACAGCCACUACAGGAUAUAUGCUAAGGUCAAAUAAUGGUUGGGGAAGGGAGAGAUUCGAUUACUUCCGCUCUCUACCGUCGUGUGUAUCAUUUCCAUCCGCUGAUUACGGUGGAGUUGAAAAGUUGAAGAGACUAAAACCAGAUGUUGUGUAUAAUCUUCAUUAUAACAUUGAACAUCAUGACAGGGAAGAUUUUGACGGCGGUGGCGGUGACUGUGAGAAGAAUUACCACAAUGAUAGGAAAUAUCUGGAAGUAUACCCUCUCGAGGGUGAAGAUUAUUCGAUGAAGCCGAAACUGGAACACAGUAGUGCUGUUCAGCACUCAUCAUCAUCAGUGUCUUCUUGUUCACCCUUGUCAUCGCCAUCUUCUUGUUCCCCUUUAUUGUCGACAUUUGUAACAAUAUCAGAAACACCAGCAUGCUGUGCUGAAAAUUGCAUCAAUAAAAAUGAUAGAGGGUUGCUAUUCAGUGGAUUAAAGUGUUAUAAAAGCGUUUCAUCACCCCUGUCGUCAUCAUUACAAUCAAGUUUGGAUGCAAAAGCCCAAAUAUUGACAAUACCAUCAACGCUAGCGCAACAUGUACACAUGACAUCCUUUCAAAUCAAGGAGUGA